AUGCAAGAAUUGGAAUGGCCAUUGCCACCGACUGAUUUUGAAGACGAAUUCGUACCAGUAUGGUCAAGCGAUCCCGAUCGAUAUUCCAUAAAAAAGGCAUAUAACGCAUCAAGCAACACGAACAAAAUCAAAGUGUCUGAUGAGAGGAAAGGAAAUAAGGAAUUUCACCAGAAAGAAACAAGUACGACUCAAUGGAACAUAGAGAAUUCAAGUAUUAAUAAUUCAGCACACGUUCAAUCAUCAUUACGAACUCAAUCUCAUGCUUGCAUUAAUCUGUCAACGACACAAGAAAUCGAUACAUUAUUAGCUCAACUAAGAGAAGUUCAUGCACAAUUUGAUCUAAAUGUCGAACAACGAGGAAAAAUUAUAUCGGAACAGUCAAAAUUAAUCAUUGAUCUAAUUAUUAAUGAUACGCGUGAUGUGCAACAAAAUCUACUGGUCUUUGCCAAACAACGACAGACAGCACAAGACAAACUAUAUAAAGAAUGGUUACAAAAGUACGUCGUUGAAUUAGAUAAAUGGAAGUCUAAAUGUUUAGCCGAACUUCAAGCAGAAUUACAGCCAUAUCACAGAGAUAUCAUGACCCAAUCGCAACAAUUGAUUACGAUGGUUAACAUAGAAGCAAACAAUUUGCGAGACGAACUUCUCAAAAUGGAACAAGCGAAGGCAUCCACAGCAACUCAAGAAAUUAUUGAUAAAAUUCAGACCAUGUCCACCCAUCAAUUAGGAACUGAAACCAUGACAAAAAUUAAUUUAAUUAUACAUGGAAAUGUUGGGACAAAAGCUCCUGGUCAAGCUUGUGUAUUCGAUUUCGAACAAAGCGAUACUGAUAGUAAUAAACAUUCUGGAUCGAAAACAAAUCAGACAAUAAGACAAGGUUCAACGAAAACGAAUGGAGCGACUUCAAUUAAAACAGUUAAGAAUUCAACAAAAGAAACGAUAUCAACACAACAGAAAAAAACCACUGGUAAGACAACAACUGUUAGUGAAAAUUAUGAUGAAAACAUGAAUGAAGAAGAUGAUCAAUAA